AUGGCCAACGAAAAGCCCAAGGAAGGAGUCAAGACUGAGAACAACGAUCAUAUUAAUUUGAAGGUGGCGGGGCAGGAUGGUUCUGUGGUGCAGUUUAAGAUUAAAAGGCGCACACCACUUAGUAAACUAAUGAAAGCCUAUUGUGAAAGACAGGACACACCUGCACAGUUGGAAAUUGAGGAUGAAGAUACAAUUGAUGUGUUCCAGCAGCAGACGGAACACUAA